AUGAUGCGUUAUUUUGCGAAAUUGGAAGAGAUCGAUGAGACGCCAGAGUGGACCGUUUUUGGCGAUGAGCAAACCUAUUUUGUCAUGCAGAACCUCCGAAAAUAUCUUGCUGCUCGUGAUCCGCGAAAUCCCGUUGUGCUUGGAAGGAUAUCUACGGACAGGUGCUGCCGCUUUGUGGCACUCUUAAAUGAACAAGUAAACUGA